AUGCUUGCCUCUCAAUCCAUCUUUCGUACCCUACCUGCAUGUUCGGCAGCUGCCAAGCGAUCAGGCGUACGAUUCAUCAGUAAAAGCGUCCAUCCUCCCCUUGCGUUCGCGUUUGACAUAGAUGGCGUCCUCAUACGCGGCUCCUUGGUGAUACCUGAGGCCAAGCGCGCAUUGGCUAUCUUAGAAGGAGAUAACGAGUUCAACAAGAAGAUACCUUACGUGCUGAUGACCAACGGCGGCGGAGUUGGAGAAGCAGACCGCUGCCGAAGGCUCACCAAGACGCUGGGAGUAGAGAUCAAACCGUCCAUGUUGAUCCAGGCGCACACGGUACUUCGGGAAAAGGCGACGGCGUACGCUGACCAGAACGUCCUGAUCCUCGGCGGAAAGCGAAAUCAACUCAGAGAAGUGGCUGAAAGUUAUGGGUUCAAGAAUGUAUGGACUCCACUGGACGUCAAGGCUUCGAAUCCUCAUGUUUGGGGAUUCUAUGACCUAACACCCGAGGAAGCUGCGUCUUCGAAGACAUUCGACUUCGCCCAAACACCUAUCAGUGCAGCGUUCGUUUUCCACGACCCUCGCAACUGGGCUCUGGACAUCCAAAUACUCCUAGAUGUUAUCCUGUCGGGAGGGUACAUCGGUAAACCAUGGUCACAUAGUUCAAAUCCGCAAACUUCACCCGUCGACCUCGUCUUCUGUAACCCCGAUCUCAUCUGGAAAUCCGACUUCCCUGUACCUCGUCUGGGUCAAGGUGCCUUCAGAGAGGCAUUUCAGUCCGUCUUCAAGGCCGUGACCGGUGAAGAGUACCGAUACACCCAGUACGGGAAACCGACGAAACCGUCCUAUGACUUUGCGCGCAAGAUGCUCGAAGACCGUCUGCGAGCGCUUGGGGCACAUCAGACCGCAGACAAGGGUUUCGCGGCAUACAUGAUUGGCGACAAUCCGGAGUCCGACAUCGCGGGCGCGAACGGCGCUGGCUGGGGUUCUGUCCUCGUGCGCACUGGUGUUUACGAAGAUGCUCAGGGUCCACCAGCCCACCAACCGACACACAUUGCUGAUAAUGUUCUGGAUGCAGUACAAUGGGCAAUGAUGAAAGAGUUUGGCCGAUAG